AUGAUUAUACUACAUUAUUUUAGUUAUGUGCUAUUUAUUAAAGCAAGAACAUAUUUGUUUAAGCCUGGUAUUACAAAAAACCAUCUUCCAUAUGAAUCUCAUAGAUAUUUAGUCUCCUAUAAUCCUAGCGAAGAUUAUGAAAGCUCCAGUUUUGAAUUGCAUGCAUUGAAUCAAGAACUUGAUUUACAGGAACUAAAAAAUAAUGGUGGUGAAAUAAAACAAGCGGACACUAUAUUUCAUACUCACCAAAUUCCAAAUUUUGAUCUUAAAUUUACCAACUCAUCAAGAGAAUCUCAGGUUACAAACUAUGAAAGAAAAUUACUAUAUUCAAAAAUAUUUACAUUUACACCUGAUUUUAAUUUCAAUGUGAAUGUAAUAUUAGUUUCUACAACUAAAAACUACCAUCCGCAGCUAGUUUUCUCAGAGAAAAAUAAUGAUGGAUAUAUACAACUUAAUGAUAGUACAACACGUUUCAACUUUAAUUGUUUAAAAGAUAAAUCUUAUGUAGUUGAAGUUGGAUAUAGUAGGGAGCUUAUCACUGAUCCAUUCGAUAAUAUUUCAUCAGGAUCAUUUAUUUUAAUACUUUCAUCAAAUACACUUUCAAUAUUAGAUGUUAUGGUACAGGAAAGUAUUAUAAUUAAUAUUAAGGGAUUUGAAGGUGUAGCACCGUUUGAACACAAUGCACCACUCAAACUUUUUCAUCCUGAUGGAAGGAUGAUGAACCAUGGAUAUCUUAAUUAUAAUAUUACCCCAUUUUUCAAUGAUACCAAACAAAGCAUAACAUUAUAUUAUCAUCGUGGAGUAGAUUUUUUUUCUGGUGAUAUUAAAAGGUCAUCUAUUUUAGAAAUAAAAUGUAAUAAAAGUGCGAGAAGUACAAAAAUAUACUUUGGUAAAGAGCCAUCAAGGGGAAAAUACGAAUAUACUAUUGAAAGUAGCCGAAUAUGUGAUAUUAUUAACUUAAUCAGAUAA